AUGAGCAGUCCGGCGUCGAACAGCAGCUCCAGUAGUGAUUUAGUGCUCAGAGUCGUGCUUCAAUGCUCCAUUUCAGUCACUCCAGUUGAGUGCUCCAGCGCCUGUCCUCCUCUACAGGCAACACAUGCACCCCCAAAGCGACCGCUGAAAAAUCCACAGAGUGCACCGCCAAAUGCACCCACCCUGUUGUCUCUCCAUGCUGCUGUAAGCGAGACCUUGCUCGGUUCCAUCCCCCAGGUCGGUGCAGGCCACGGUUUGGGCCCUGGACGCCGCACCGCGUGGGAUUGGGCAGCAAAGCAAAGCCCUUGUCUCACCCGCCUCGACCCUGAUCCAGGGUGA